ACCAGAGCACCAGAGGGACCCACUGGGAAUUCAUCUUUAAAGUUGUCCUUGUCCACGUCGUCCACCUCUGCCGGCCUGUUGUUGUCCUCUUCUUUUCCUCCUUGUCCUUGGCCUGCAAGUCCUCCUUAGAACUGUCAGUCGAGAUACCCAGACUCCCCCGAGUGUAGACAUAGACUUCGAGGGUCAUCUUCGGAGCUUCCCCGCCAUUUAACUUUCGAUAUCAACACGUCGCUCCCUCCCAAAAACAACCGCCUCGAUCCUUCCACCAACAUCUGGUGAUUUCGAGACAGCCCGCCCUUCCUUCCCCCAGAUCAGAACCACUUCCUCAGCAGAAACCAAUCAAGAUGGCCUCAGCAAUCAAGAGUGCUCUGCCCUCUCACCUCAAGCCAGGCAAUGCCACUGGCAACGGCGACGAGACUGAGUUUGCCGGCAAGCACCAUGGCAAGACUCGAUCCCACAUGGCUUUCGAGAACACCUCCACCAACAUUGCUGCGGCACAGAUGCGCAAUGCGCUGACCGGCCUCAGCGAGACCGUCAAGGACCCCGAGGAGAAGAAGCUGUUCGAGACCGAGAUGGACAACUUCUUCUCCCUGUUCCGCCGUUACCUCAACGACAAGGCCAAGGGCAACGCUGUCGACUGGGACCGCAUUGCGCCCCCCGCCGAGGGCCAGGUGGUCGACUACGAGGCUCUGGCUAACACCGACUCAGUCGAGUUCCUCAACAAGCUUGCUGUCCUCAAGCUGAACGGUGGUCUGGGUACCUCUAUGGGUUGUGUUGGUCCCAAGUCCGUCAUUGAGGUCCGUGACGGCAUGUCCUUCCUGGACCUCUCGGUCCGUCAGGUCGAGUACCUGAACCGCACAUACGGCACCAACGUGCCUUUCAUCCUGAUGAACUCGUUCAACACCAACGACGACACCGCCGCCAUUAUCAAGAAGUAUGAGGGUCACAAUGUCGACAUCCUCACAUUCAACCAGUCCCGAUACCCCAGAAUCCACAAGGACUCCCUGCUGCCCGUGCCCAAGAGCUUUGACUCUCCUAUUAACGAGUGGUACCCUCCCGGACACGGUGACGUCUUCGAGUCCCUGUACAACUCCGGAAUCCUCGACAAGCUUAUUGAGCGCGGAAUCGAGGUCAUCUUCCUGUCCAACGUCGACAACCUGGGCGCUGUCGUCGACCUGCGCAUCCUGCAGCACAUGUUCGAGAGCAAGUCCGAGUACAUCAUGGAGUUGACCAACAAGACCAAGGCUGACGUCAAGGGUGGUACCAUCAUUGACUACGAGGGCUCUGUGCGCCUGCUGGAGAUCGCCCAGGUCCCCAAGGAGCACGUCAACGAGUUCAAGUCCAUCAAGAAGUUCAAGUACUUCAACACCAACAACAUCUGGAUGAACAUCAAGGCCAUCAAGCGCGUUGUCGAGAACAACGAGCUCGAGAUGGAAAUCAUCCCCAACGGCAAGUCCAUCCCCGGCGACAAGAAGGGCGAGAGCGACAUCAGCAUCGUCCAGCUCGAGACUGCCGUCGGCGCCGCUAUCCGCCACUUUGGCAACGCCCACGGUGUCAACGUGCCCCGCCGCCGUUUCCUGCCCGUCAAGACUUGCUCCGACCUGAUGCUGGUCAAGUCCGACCUGUACGCCGUUAAGCACGGCCAGCUGCAAAUGAGCGCCAGCCGCUUCGGCGACGCGCCCCUGAUCAAGCUGGGCUCCGACUUCAAGAAGGUCUCCGACUUCCAGAAGCACAUUCCCUCCAUCCCCAGGAUCAUCGAGCUGGACCACCUGACUAUCACCGGUGCCGUCAACCUGGGUCGUGGCGUUACGCUCAAGGGCACCGUUAUUAUUGUUGCCACUGAGGGCAGCACUAUCGACAUCCCCCCAGGAUCCAUCCUGGAGAACGUCGUCGUCCAGGGUAGCUUGCGCCUGCUCGAGCAUUAAGCUGCUCUCUGUUCUGCUUUGUGUCAGGCUGCCUGUGUCCUGUCGUUCGCAUUUGUGAUGCCUAAUUGCAUUUGGGCCUUCCUUCUUCCUGGCUGGACUAUUUUGCUUCGCCGGUGGAAUAAAACAGGGAUUCAUAGUGCGAGAUGGAGUUUCUCUGCUGCGCAGCAUUAUCCUUUUUUAAACAGUAGUACAAAAGAGCUCCUAAUUCAAGAAAGUU